AUGCAAGGAUCAUCUUAUAGAGAUGAAAGCAAACCUGACAAUAAUAUUUGUCAAGACUCUAAUAUAAAUGUAAACAAAACAUCAAAUACUUCUUCUGAUACUCCUAGUACACAAUCUCAUUCCACGCCCAAUGUGAUAACAGACGCAGAAAAUCCCAAACAUGUAAAGAUCACAUUGCCUAUAAAAUUUAUGGAAUGCCCAAGAAGAGAUUUGGUGGUUUUGAUUUCAAGAAUGUUAGUCACACUAAUUAAAAUCAAUGAUACAAAAGCGAAUGAUAAUAAUCUGCCGUCUAAUUAUGCUACAAGAUUCCAUUCAAGGGUCAUCCCAGGAAUAUCAAUCGGGAAUUAUUUACUCCGGUUGACUAAAUUUUGUAUCUUACAACCUUCAGUCCUUUUAACGGCAGUUUAUUAUAUCGACCUAUUAAGUGCAGUCUUCCCAUCGUUCUCAUUCAAUUCGUUAACCGCUCAUAGAUUUAUAUUAACUGCUGUCAUCGUGGCAAGUAAAAGUUUAUGUGAUUCAUGUCUUUCCAUUACUCAUUACGCAAAAUACGGUGGUGUGCAACCAAACGAAUUAUUAAUGUUGGAAGCAUAUUUUUUAAAAUUAAUUAAAUAUAGAGUAUUACCUCGAGAUAAAAACACUGACUUGUGUUCCAUGGAAUAUCAUUUCGAUACAUUUGCAUUAAACGAUGGACAAAUAAAAGAAUCUGGUACUUCCUUUUCAUACAGACAAUUACCACAUUCAGGUUAUAAUGUCCUACAUAUGUACUAUCGACGAAUAAUUGACAUUAUAGGUGUGCAAAGACCAAUAUCACCUUCUCCUGAUGCUGUCACUGUCGAUUAUUUCCUUAUGAGACCACGCAGGAUAUCAUCUGCAUCAUCUAUCGAAUCUGCCGCAGCGACACCUCUGCCAAAACCAAAUCCACCACCGCAAUUGACUAGUGUUGGAGAAAGUAACUACGAUAACAAUAAUGAUUCUAUAGGAGAACGAAGCAACGCUGUUACCUUUGCCUUAAGCUCGACAAUUUCAAACGACUCCAUGUCAAAUUCGUCCUAUGGUGAUCAGCCGAAUCUUGGUAGUAAUAUUCAAAAAGAGAGCAGCGCCGUUGACAAUGUACAAAAUAAUACUACUACGAUAUCUGGCAAUAAUUCCGAACAUAGAAUGAAAUCUCAGCAUAAAGCUUUGUCCCCAACAGUAGCAUACACCCCCCUUAUGCUUACACAAGAAAGUAGGACUUUAUCUGCGUUAACUUCAAAGAAGCGGCGUUUAAGUGGAAGUGAAUCGUAG